AUGGCAUCCUACGUGCCCAAGUCCGUCACGAAUCUGUGCCCGUCGGGCGCCCAGGUCGCCAACACGACGGGCAUCUCCUACUUCAAGCCAGAAGAGGCGGCGCCCCAGGAGCCGGGCAAGUUCGGCAGCAAGAACACGCGCACGGGCGGCUACAUCGACGCCUCGCUGGACCCGACGCAGGUGGACACGUCCGUCGGCGCCAAGGGCCUCGCGAGCGUCAAGGGCCGGGCCCAGGUCGCCGCGAACCAGCAGAAGAAGGCCGCGACGAAGGCGUACAAGGACACGAAGAAGGACGCGCAGAAGACGGUCACGGGCGCCGUCGACGGCGCGAAGUCGACCGUGUCGACCGCGGGGGACAAGGCCAUCACCGCGGGCAUGAAGCAGAUGGGCUUCGUCAAGAAGAAGAGCAAGAAGGUCUAA